AUGAGGGGCCGCAGAGGCGACCGUAUGACCAUCAACAUCCAGGAGCACAUGGCCAUCAACGUGUGCCCCGGGCCCAUCCGGCCCAUCCGCCAGAUCUCUGACUACUUCCCCCGACGGGGACCAGAACCCGAAGGGAGUGGCAGGGGCUGUGGGGAGGCCCCCACUCGUCUGGCCCCCCUGGCUCUGGCCCCCCCUGCGGCCCUCCUUGGGGCCACCACGCCAGAGGAUCGAGCUGAGGUGGACAGCUAUGACUCGGAUGAUACCACCGCCCUGGGCACACUGGAGUUUGACCUUCUCUACGACCAGGCCUCCUGCACUCUGCACUGUAGCAUUCUCAGGGCCAAGGGCCUCAAGCCCAUGGAUUUCAAUGGCCUCGCCGACCCUUACGUCAAGCUGCACCUGUUGCCUGGAGCCUGCAAGGCCAAUAAGCUAAAAACUAAGACUCAGAGGAACACACUGAAUCCCGUGUGGAAUGAGGACCUGAUGUACAGCGGAAUCACAGAUGAUGACAUCACUCACAAGGUGCUCAGGAUCGCUGUCUGUGAUGAGGACAAGCUGAGCCACAAUGAGUUUAUCGGGGAGAUCCGAGUGCCCCUCCGCCGCCUCAAGCCUUCACAGAAGAAGCAUUUUAACAUCUGCCUGGAGCGCCAGGUCCCGCUGGCUUCACCCUCUUCCAUGUCGGCGGCGCUGAGGGGCAUCUCCUGUUACCUGAAGGAGCUAGAGCAGGUGGAGCAGGGGCCUGGGCUGCUGGAAGAGCGUGGGCGCAUCCUGCUGAGCCUCAGCUACAGCUCUCGGCGCCAGGGGCUGCUGGUGGGCAUCAUUCGCUGUGCCCACCUGGCUGCCAUGGAUGUCAACGGCUACUCUGACCCCUACGUUAAGACGUACCUGAGACCGGACGUGGAUAAGAAAUCCAAGCAUAAAACAUGUGUGAAGAAGAAGACUCUAAACCCAGAAUUUAAUGAGGAGUUCUUCUAUGAGAUGGAGCUCUCCACCCUGGCUACCAAGACUCUAGAAGUUACAGUCUGGGACUAUGACAUUGGCAAAUCCAACGACUUCAUCGGUGGUGUGUCCCUGGGGUCUAGAGCCCGUGGAGAGGCCCGGAAGCACUGGAGUGACUGUCUGCAGCAGCCGGAUACAACCCUGGAGCGCUGGCACACCCUGACUAGCGAGCUGCCCCCAGCAGCCGGGGCUCUCCCCUUGGCCUGAGCCGGCAGCAGCCACCCAGCCAGGC